AUGCUCAGAACCUCCGUGCGCUCUCUCUCCAGCUCCGUUCCCCUCAAGGCCAACUACGGGUUUGUCGGUCUCGGCCAAAUGGGCCAGCACAUGGCCCGCCACAUCUACUCCAAAUUGGACGCCACCGACAAGUUGUACGUGUUUGACACCGUGCCUCAGGCGACUAAUCAAUUUGUGCAAAACGUCACUCAAUUAAAGCCCGAAAACCAGGACAAGUUGACCGCUUUGACCCUGCUUGGCGAUUUCGGGAAGAUCGACUCCUUCGACUAUAUCGUGCUGAUGGUCCCUGAAGGGAAGCACGUUAAAGCCGUUACUGAGGAAUUGGUCGCCGGUUUCAAAGCUGCCGGUAACACUUCGUACCCCACCACUUUCGUCGAUUCUCUGACCAUCGAUAUCCCCACUUCUGCCGGUGCUGCUGCCUACGUCGCUAAGGAAGUGCCCGCUUUCUCGUUCAUCGAUGCCCCCGUGUCCGGUGGUGUUGCUGGUGCCAGAAACGGGACGUUGACGUUUAUGGUUUCCAAGGCCACCGAGUCCGAGAUCGCCCCCGGUUUCGUCACCUUGUUGAACAAGAUGGGUAAGAACAUCUUUGCCUGUGGCGCCAACCCCGGCUCCGGGUUGGGGGCUAAGCUCGCCAACAACUACUGUCUUGCCGUGACCAACUUGGCCGUGUGUGACUCGUUCCAAUUGGCUAAGUCGUUCGGCUUGGACCCGAAGAAGUACGCUAAGAUCAUCGCCGUGUCCACCGGUAAGUCGUGGGCGUCGGUCGACAACUGCCCCAUCCCCGGCGUCUACCCCGAAGCGCAAUUGCCUUCGGAUGCUGACUACCACGGUGGCUUUGUCACCAAGUUGACCCGUAAGGACUUGGUGUUGGCGUUGAACUCGGCCGAACAGUACCACCGCCCGUUGUACUUGGGCGAAACCUCUCGCUACUGGUACGACAAGGGGUGUGAACACAAGGACAUCGCCGACCGCGACUUGUCGGUGUUGUACGAGUACUUGGGCGACAUCAAGGAGGACGCCGCCGGCAAGUUGGUCGACACCCACAAGUCGGCCUAA